AUGGAAAACAAUGAACCAGAGAUCAGCGGAAACUCUUCCGUCGACUGCGCAGCCGUCCCUUCCCUCGUCUCCUCCUUUGUGGACACCUUCGUCGAUUUCUCCGUCAGCGGCGGCCUUUUCUUGCCGCCGGAGCUGGAGCCGAUCCACAAUUUAACCACCCGGCUGAGAACCGUUUUCCCCCAGCCUGGCCGCCUGAUCGCUGUCGGAGAUCUCCACGGCGACCUCCCCAAGGCCAAACAGGCCUUGAGGCUCGCCGCCCUGAUCGGGCCGGACGACCGCUGGUCCGGCGGCGCCGCCACUGUCGUCCAGGUCGGCGACAUCUUUGACCGCGGAGGGGACGAGAUCAAGCUCCUGUACUUUUUCGAGAAGCUCAAGCGAGAGGCCGCCAGGGUUGGUGGUACGGUGAUCACCAUGAACGGGAACCACGAGAUCAUGAACGUGGACGGUGAUUUCAGGUUUGCAUCUCCUGAGGGGCUCAAGGAGUUCGAGAAUUGGGCCAUCUGGCAGCGUGUGGGGACUGAGAUGAAGAGAAUGUGUGUAGGCAUUGAUGGAAAAUUGAUUGUCAACAAUGUGUUUGAUGGUGUGCCAGACGAAAUCCCAGGGUUUGUUCGUAAGCUAGAAUACGUAAAUGGAGCUAGGGCGCGUUUCGCUGCCUUGAGGCCGAACGGCUUGAUCUCGACGAGAUUCCUGUCAAGAAACCAAACGGUAGUUGUGGUAGGGGACUCGGUUUUCGCACAUGGUGGGUUGCUACAGAAACAUGUGAAUUAUGGGUUUGAUCGUGUUAAUGAGGAGGUUAGGGAGUGGAUUCUUGGUUUGAGGGACAGGGUGGGGAAUCAGUUGGUGAGGGGGAGAAAUUCCAUAGUUUGGUUGAGGAGUUUUUCCAAUGAGCUGGCAAAGGACUGCGAUUGUUCGUUGCUCGAACACGUGCUAGAGACAAUUCCUGGAGUGAAGAGGUUGAUUAUGGGGCACACGAUUCAAAGAGAUGGCAUUAAUGCGAUUUGUGGUAACCGAGCUGUGAGGAUUGAUGUGGGGAUGUCUAAGGGGUGUGGGGAUAGGUUUCCCGAGGUCUUGGAAAUUAACGAGAGUUCGGAGCUUAGGGUUUUGACCUCUAAUCCUUUGUAUUCAAAACGAUAUGGGGAUUAUUUGCGUGAGGAUAAGAAAGACGGGCUUGGUGUGUUGAUCCCUGAGGAGAGGUCGAAGCAGAUUGAGGUGAAUGCUUGA